AAUCAACGUGGAGCAUUUCUUCAGUCCUUCAAGAUAUCUCACAUGGGAGAAAUGGCAGAUCAAAAGUUGUUUGCACCAGUUCUUUGGGCACAACGUGCUGAUAAAAUACUCCUAACUAUAGCUUUAGAAGAUAUAUCUGAGGAAAAAUUAGAGCUUACACCAGAGAAAUUAGAGUUUACAGCCAAAGCAGGAAAAGAAGGAAAAGAAUACAUUUGUAACAUAGAAUUUAACAAAGAAAUAAACAUAGACACCUCAAAACAACAAAAAACCACAAGAGAGAUACAUAUGGUGUUAAUGAAAAAAGAAGAUGGUUAUUGGCCAAGGCUAACAAAAGAACAGAAAAAGUAUCAUUGGUUGAAAACAGACUUCAACAGAUGGCGGGAUGAAGAUGAAUCAGAUGAGGAGACUGGAGGCACUGAUGCCGGGAUGGAAGAGAUGAUGAGAGGAAUGGGAGGAAUGAGUGGCAUGGGAGGAAUGGGUGGUAUGGGAGGAAUGGGUGGCAUGGGAGGAAUGGGUGGUAUGGGAGGAAUGGGUGGUAUGCCAGAUAUGUCUGGUAUGCAAGGAAUGGACAAGUUUGACCCCAGUGCUGCUCCUGAAAGUGAUGAUAGUGAUGAUGAAGAACUUCCCGAUUUGGAGUGAUGCAGGUGACAUCUUUAUAUCAACCAAGCACUAUUGAAACUUUUAUAUAUGUCAGACUUGUAGCAUACUUCAUAUCACAUUGUACUAAGACAAUGGAAUACCAAGAAUUCGAGUGUUUGUAAAUUCUAGUUACAUAGAUGAUGUGGAUUUGAAACAAUGGUGCAAAAAGGAGAUUAGAAUUAAAACUUUGUCGGGAAAGCUAUUUUGGAUAGCUUUUUAUACAGUGACAUUUAAAGAAUAAUGCUCGAAUUAUUGACAUGGAAAGAGACAGUGCAACCUGGAUGCGAAAACUGCUGGGACCAUAGAAUUGAUGACAUAGCUGAUGUUCAAACUGACUAUUGUUAAAACACAUAUUAUAGUGUACGUUGGAUAUCCUUGAAAAUGGGAGUUAUUCAUAUUCGAAGGUUUCACUGUUUUGCUAAGGCUUUUAUUUAGGACUCAAACAAAUAUUUUAUCAUUAAAAUACAAUGAAUAAUUAGUUUUGGGUUGUCAAUAAAUUCUUUCCAGCCAUAUACUGUUUUGUUUCACUGUUUUGCUUAGGCUUGUAUUUAAAACUCGAACAAAAAUUUUAUCAUUAAAAUACAAUGAAUAAUUUAUUUUCAAAUCACUCAUAUUUUAAAUUAAAUACCCAGCUAUUAGAGUAACAUUACCCGCUUUAGUGCUGUCAUAAUGUUAUGAUCUCCGUGAUUUUGAAAUUCCAGCAUCUGUAUUAUACUAUCAUGUAUGCAAACAAUCAUGUAUAUAAUGCAGUUGUAAAUGUUAUUUGAGUACAUACAUGUACAUACUUUAAAAUGUAAAAUCUUAUGCACUUGUGUACAAAGUGAUCAGUCUUAGUUUUGGGUUGUCAAUAAAUUCUUUCCAGCCAUAUAC